AUGUCAAAUAUUCCAAAAUCUCAAAAAGCAGUCAUAUUCUACGAACACAAUGGACCGCUAGAAUACAAAGACGUUGCCACACCAACACCAAAACCAAAUGAACUUUUGAUCAAUGUUAAAUAUUCCGGAGUUUGUCAUUCUGAUUUACAUGCCUGGAAAGGAGAUUGGCCAUACCCAACUAUUUUGCCAUUAAUUGGAGGUCACGAAGGAAUUGGCGAGGUUGUCUCAUUUGGAUCAGAAGUCACAGGUUGGUCAAUUGGAGAUCUUGCAGGAAUGAAAUGGUUGAAUUAUGCAUGUAUGGAAUGUGAAUAUUGUCUAGCAGAUAAAGAACAAGCUUGUGAUUCAUUUGAGUUUACGGGUUACACUACAAAUGGAACAUUUCAACAAUAUGCAACGGUAGAUUAUAGACAAGCUGCAAGAAUUCCGAAUUCAGCUUCUUCGAACAUUGCUGAAUUGAGUCCAAUUUUAUGUGGAGGACUAACUUCGUAUUCAGGAAUCAAAUCAAUGGGGUUGAAACCAGGUCAAUGGAUUACGAUAGUUGGAGCUGCUGGUGGGUUAGGAAAUCUUGGAAUUCAAUUCUCAAAAGCAAUGAAUUUAAAAGUAAUUGCAUUGGAUUCAGGUUUUGAAAAAGGUCAAUUUGUGAAAGAAUUAGGUGCAGAUGAAUAUGUCGAUAUAAGUAAUACUGAAAAUGUAGCUGAAAAGAUAAUUGAGAUAACCAAUGGUGGUUCUCAUGGUGUAUUGAAUGUUUCAAGUUCAAAUCAAGCAUUGAAUUCCAGUUUUGAAUAUGCGAGAAAAUUAGGUAAGGUUGUAAUUAUUGGAAUCCCAUUGAAUGGUGAGUUUAAAUAUGGUGUUUCUGCUGCUAUUUCUAAAUGUUUGAAUAUUUAUGCAUCAUCAGUUGGAAAUAAGAAAGAAACUGAAGAAGCUAUUCAAUUUGCAUUAGAUGGGAAGGUUAAGUGUCCGAUUAAGGUUGUUGGAUUGAGUGAAUUACCUGAUGUUUAUAAAUUGAUGAGUGAGAAUAAAGUUAAGGGGAGAUAUGUAGUUGAUACUAGUAGAUAA